AUGAAACCAAGCAAAUUGAAGCGCCACCUUGAAACACAGCAUCCUGAACAUGUUGGCAAAUCUCUGGAAUUUUUUAAAAGGAGACUUGAUGAAUUUAAUAAACAGAGGCGGGCUUUCAUGAAGACAUCUACCACAGCUGCAAGUGCUUUGCUUGCUUCUUAUAAAGUUUCCUACAUAAUUGCAAGAUGCAAAAAAGCUCACAACAUAGCAGAAACCUGGGUAUUACCCGCUGCUAUUGACAUGGUGGAAAUAAUGCUCGAUGAACAAAGUGCCAACAAGUUACGCAGCAUUCCUCUUGCAGAUAAUACAGUUGGCAGAAGAAUUUCAGACAUUAGUGAUGAUUUAUGUGAUCAGUUGACAGAUGUACUUAAAUAUUCGCAUUUUGGGUUGCAAAUAGAUGAGGCUACUGAUGUAGUGAAAGAUGCUCAUUUAAUAACUUAUGUGUGCUAUAUAUCUGCCAAUGAAAUUAAGGAAGAUCUGUUGUUUUGUAAACCUAUUGUUGGUAGAGCCACAGCUGUAAAAGUGUUCAACAUGAUUGACAAUUUUUUCAAUGAACAUGGAAUAAGCUGGGAAAAUUGUGUUGGACUGUGCACUGAUGGAGCCCAGUCAAUGGCAGGACGACAUGCUGGACUGCAAGCUUUGGUGAGGGAAAAGGCUCCACACACUUCAUGGACGCACUGCAUGCUUCAUAGACAGGCACUUGCAUCAGGCAGUAUGAAUGAAGAGUUAGAUGUAGACACAAGUGAUUACGAAUGGAUAAGAAACCCAUUUGGUGAUAACUCUACAAGCACACUGUCUACAGCUGACCAGGAGCAACUUAUUGAUUUGUCAUGUGACGGUUCGCUGAAACUUGUGUUUGAUGCAGGACCUUUGGAAAAAUUUUGGUACCCUUCCUUGUCAACUAAGGCCAUUGGUGCAGCCAGCAAGGAGGCAAGCGGCUCAUCUGUCAGUGUGCGCCUACCAUACUCACAGCCACACCAACGGAGGGCCAACGACACCCAAGUCUAG